CUCUUUCCCUCCGUGUUGAUUGGCCGUCUUGGCCAAAAUCCUCUUGAAUGAUUUCAAACCAAUCCUUGGGAAGCGGGGGAGGACAGCGCAGCUAAUUCCAACGGGGAGGACUCAAUAGGCUACCCCAAUUCGUUAACAUCUUCCAGGGGAAGACUCCGGGCUUGGCUUGAGCGUGUCUCUGGAACGUUUACGCUUGCCUUUUUCAGGCGCCAUGAGAAUUUUAAUGUGUGGACCUAUUUUGAACCGGUGAAUUUCAGCAGAAUAGAUUGGAUUCGUUGCUGUUUUCUCGUUUUUAUUUCGUCUGGCGUUCAUAUUUUGACACUGUUGGCUCGCGUCCUAGGAUUUUCUGUGAGCUACAUGCGGAUGAAUUGGUACACUCCCGUCGCACACCAUAGCGCUGUGCGCCCUAGAGGAUGGAGCCAACGCUAUGGUUCUAAAACAUAAUUUUACGGUAAGAUAUCGAAGCUAUAUUUAUGUGCUAAUCUGUUAUUCAGUUACAACGCAUUGCUAUUAAAAAGACAUUUGCCAUUGUAAAGUGGGCUGCUUAGCCUAACGACGGCACAGACUGGACGAGGGUGGAAUGAAAUGAUUUAUUUCAGUCGUUGGUCGAAUUUGAUGUCCAUGCCAUCGGUGCAGUUACAACUUGUUUGAUGUAUGAUUUUGACUGAGCGCGCGCAACAGUUUAUAGUAAUUGUUUUCGGUUACAUUUUGCAUUCCAUCACAAUGACUUAGCCUGGGUUGCGGGCUCUGAAGUAUUUGAACGAGGACCGUGGGGACAUAAAUCUUACCCGAGGAUAGGCUAUGGCGAAAAAUUGUACUGACGGUCUCAGGGACGACCUGGGCAAGGUUUCCGACGAGGAACUAUUCAGAUGUAGCAAAGAGGAGCUGAUCAAAAGACUGCGCAAGGCGGACGGCGAGAAGAUGAACCUGAUGAUAGAACAUGGCAACAUGAUGAAGGACGUCAACCGUCGGCUGCAGGUACACCUGCACGAGAUCAGGAAUCUCAAGGAGAUCAACCAGAAACUUCAGGACGACAACCAGGAGCUGCGGGAGCUAUGCUGCUUCUUGGACGACGACCGGCAGAAGGGCAAGAAGUUGUCGCGGGAGUGGCAGCGCUUUGGCAGGUACACGGCGAGCUCCAUGUGGAAGGAUGUGGGCCUGUACCAACAGAAACUCAAGGAGCUCGAGUCCUGCCAGGAGAGCAUGUUGCGGGAGAACGCGGACCUGAAGGAAAUCAUUCUCAUGCUGGACGAGGACCGGAACGGAGCUGGUUCCAGGAGCUCCAUCGACAGCCAGUCGAGCCUCACCAACCUCAACGGGGGCACGGGCAACGUGCGAGACGUGGGAGAUGGAAGUAGCACCUCAAGCACCGGGAGCGCGGGUAGCCCCGACCAUCACCACAACCACAAUCACUCACACAAAGUUAGUGACCCCAAGGUGGUGUCGACGACGACCAUAGGGAGGUCUAUGGAUGACCUGUCGGCCCCACAUCACCACAGAAGCAUCCCGAAUGGCCUCAAUGACUCAUCGUCGACUUACAUUCGACAGUUGGAGACCAAGGUGCGCAUUCUCGAAGACGACAACCAUAAGCUUCUCUCUCAGUGUAACAUGGGGGACCUGCGAUCCCUGAGGAAGGGGAUGACCCUCUAUCACUCAGAGUCUCAGCUGUCCUCUCUGCCCCAACGCCAAGAGGCCAUGCUGAAUGGCACAGGCCGGCUGCCCACCAGUGAGUCUUCCCCCUCCGCUGGCUUCCUCAGCUCGGUGCAGAAGCCAGAAGCUGUGGUGCACGCUAUGAAGGUCCUGGAGGUCCAUGACAACCUGGACAAGCAGGUGCCAGAGGACUUCAACAACGAGGACCUGAGUGAAAAGGAGAAGGCGAUCGUGCGGGAGAUGUGCAACGUGGUUUGGCGCAAGCUGGGUGAUGCCGCAGGAUCAAAGCCGUCAAUCCGACAACACCUCUCUGGGAAUCAGUUCAAAGGACCUGUGUAGCUGUCUUUCUCUCUAUCCCUCUCCCCCUUUCUCUCCCUCACUCUCUCUCUUCUCUCUCUCUCUCUCUCUCUCUUCUCUCUCUCUCUGUCUCUCUCUGCCACUCUAUGGCAUCCAGGGAAACGUGCUCACUUCGUGUCACCCUACCUACCUAUACAUACCCACGCUGGCUGCAUCAUGACACAGCAGAAACACACCCUGAACCACUCUCCAGAGAGACAAAAGAACCUUCUCCCUAAUAGAACACUCUCCCUAGAGACAAGAGAACACUCUCCCUAGAGACAAAGCAAACACUCUCCCUAGAGACAAGAGAACUUUGCCUGGAGACAAGAGAACACUCUCUAGAGACAAGAGAACAUUCCCUGGAGACAAGAGAACUUUGCCUGGAGACAAGAGAACAUUCCCUGGAGACAAGAGAACAUUCUGUCUAGAGACCAGAGAACUUUCCCUGGACCCGACAGAAUACUCUCCUGGGAGACCAAAAGGACGCUCUCCUGGGAGACCAGAGGACACUCUCUCAGGAGACAACAGAACUCUGCCUAGAGACAAGAGGAUAUUCUCCUGGGGGAGACAAGUCACUGCCCUUAGUCAUCUCUCCAUGUCCCUUCACGAACACUAAAGGCAUAUUCGGACGGUACUAGUUUUAUGGGGGACCUGGGGUAAAGUAAUAAUAACUGGGAAAUGUAGUCCUGUCCGAACGUGCCAUGUAGGCUAAAUCUCGGUAAACUUUGCCGAGUGGUUCACCUCUUGAGAAAUGGUCCUGAGAAAAUACUCUGGGUAAUGUCAAAUCCGUACGAAUACGACCCUAUUUAAAGAUGUCUGUUAAAGUGCAUGGAAUGCACAUUAUAUCUAAUCUAUCUGGGCUUGCUAACAUUAUAAUCAUGAAGGAAGCAUUCCAUUUUGUUUUACGGAGGUGUUCCAAAAUGUUUUUUUUUGCUGUCAAAUUCAGGAAGCUAUUGGUCCAACGCACUCCUCAGAUAUAUCGACAUGCAUUCAGAAGCAUUAGAAUGGCAGCAAGCAAUUAUUAAAAUUGUUCAACGGGACCAAAUGCCUCCAUAGAUUCGUACUAAUAUGCUUAAAAACCAACAAUAUAUUGUGGAGAUUGCGUACAUGUGACAACAAGACUGUCACUGCCAUGCGUGAAGACUUACCCCUACCACUUUCUGUUCUUUCACUGAUAUAUUUUAAUCCAGUCCGAAUAGGCAAUUUCUAUUACUGACAUUCUCACCUAAGACUCACAUUACCCCAUGCCCAUACAUAAAACUAGUCCCGUCAGAAUAGGGCUACAGACAUACACACAGAAAAAAAUGUUGUGCAGAAAGCACAAUUGUCUCCUCGUACUCCAACUCCACCACCCAAAACGGUCCUUGGCUGGCACCCUCUCACACACACACCAAGCAUCCGUCUCACUCUCUGUGUACAGUAUUACCACAAACAAACAGCUAGUUAUAACACUCCCCUAGUGUGUACACUGUAUGUGCGUUAUAGGGGGGGCGUAAAGUUUUAGGAUAACAAAUUUCACCCACACGACCAACAUCAACCUUGCCUGCACUCAGUAGUUUUUGAAGAGCGCAGCUGUAUGCACUCACUGGUAUUUCUUACCUCUAGUACCCCUGCCUACCCCCUGCCCCCGGCCCCCACCCGUUAAUGCCCCAGGAGGUGGCAAUCUCCAACAGUAUAGUAACCUCGGCCCUUCCUCCUCAGACCAAAACACACUGUCCACAGAAACACUUCUCAGUAUGUGUAAGAUAAUGUACAAUGAAAUCAAGUUUAGCACUACUUUGUUUUCAUCUUUUUUGUUGUGAUGCUGUACUUGCUAUUUUUUAUUUUAUUUUAUGUCGUUGCUUCUGACGGCUCAGUGCGGACUACGAAUUGUGUUUUGAAGUCAGUCUUGACAACUGGAUAUUGCACUGUUAUUUCAUUGAACCAUGUCUUUAUGCCACUUUUUCCCUUCCAGUUAACAGACAAUAAUAAGUUAUGCAGGUUUCUUUUGAAAACAGAAAAAAAGAAUAUAGAAAAUCAUACUCCAUUGGUUUUCCCAUACCUACGUAUGUCAGCGUAAAAGUCAACAAACUUUGUACUCUUUGUUGUACAAUUUGUGAACCUGAAACAAAAAAUGCGAUUACAGUAGUGUGCUGUGCAUGCUUGACAAUCAUCUUCUCAGGUUUGGGAUGUAAAGAAGAAAAGACUGCUUUAUACACGCUUGUGAAAAGUUGGGAAGCUUAGAUUUAGAUUGUUAGUAAACAGUAGGUGUUCCAAAAAUCAAAACCCUGCCACGUUAUCCAAGAUUUUAAGUAGGCUAAGUAGCUGAUGUGCUUACAGUACUCAUGAAUGCUCAUUCACCACAUUCGGAGCUGGAUCAAAUCAUUCUGAGCUGGCUGGAUAAAAUACUGCAUGUGGCAGAUUUUUAAUGUCUUUACCUGGGAUUCACACCUCCUGUUAUGUAUCAUUUAACCUAAAGGUACCCCACCGCCUCUUUGUGCCCUAAUGGACCUUUUUAAACAACAAUGAUGAUGAUGAUGUCAGACACCUUUUAUUCAAUGCAUUUGAAGCAGGUACUACAAUUGGAUCUGGUGGUAUAGACGUGAACAUAUACUGUAAGUGGCACUGUUUUCUAUGGCUUUCUACCUGAAACUGGGGGCCUAUACUACAAAGCUAGUUCAGGAGUAAACCAGGUUAAGUCAAGAGGUUAAUCAUCUAAUAGAAGAGCCUGGAGUUCUCAUUUUCUGAAGAAAGAUUCUUAAAGGGACACUGUGUGAGAUUUUUAGUUGUUUAUUUCCAGAAUUCAUGCUGCCCAUUCAUUCAUG